CUACGCGGCCUCUACGCCAUAAACCCGACACGUUCAACCUCCGACCACUUCGUCCCCACCGCCGUCGUCGCCGAGCCUCUUCCUCCUGUUGUCACCACCGGCAACGGCGAUCUCUUGGGCAAGGUGAUCUACAUGCUAGAGCACAAAUUUUGCUGAUGGCUUAUCAGAAUUCUGCUUACGAAUUUACAUCUGACGAUGAAGAUGAACCUUUAGUUUUCAAACGGUCUACAACAUCUAAACAAAAUCAGUCAAACACAGACACAAAGAAGUUAUCGUCUCUGCGGAAUGAUGGACAACCACGAAGAGUUUUUGACGUACAUUCUUCCAAUGGUGUAAGUUCCAGUGUUCAAAAGGGUAAGACGGCUUCAUCUAUAAAGGCAUCACCAGGGAAAUCUCCCACAGAAAUCCCAAAAGAGUCAUCAGAACAGAACAAGUAUGUCUCCAUUAAAGAGGAAAAUACGCCUAUCAAACAUCCUGCUGCAGACAAUAGUGAUUCUGACGAUGAAAAGCCGAUAAAUUCCAGAUUGAAGGCUAAAAUAAACAAUGUCAAAAAGGAAGAUAGUGAUGAUGAAGAUGAUAAACCUUUAGCAGCAAGGGUUAAUAAGUCUAAUGUCGGAACAUCAGGCUGUAAGCCUGGUGAAUUUAAAGAAAGGAAGCCAUUGGUUCAGAAGAAUGGUUCAAGCACAAUAGAUAAAGGGAAAAGCUCUUCUUUGGUGUCAGGUAAGAGGCCUCUAGAUAAGGUGAACGGUUCUGAGCAACCUUCAAUUAAAAAACCAAAAAUUGGAGAGUCUUCAACAUCUGUAAAGGGCAAGCAGGUAGCAGACAAAACAUGGUCGAAGGCAGAUGAUGAUGACAUGACACUUUCCCAGAGAUUGAAGAAAGCUGCAUCUGCUAACAAACCUUCUCUGACAAAGAAACCCGCAUCUAAAGUCGGUUCAUCCUCAAUCCAGAAGAAGAUCCAGAAAGGCAAAAAGCCAGAUACGUUUUCAAAGUAUUCUAAGUCAACAAGAGAAGGACCUAGCUCUAAUGAUGGGCAGAAAAAAUGGACUACUUUAGAGCACAAUGGUGUCAUUUUCCCACCUCCUUACACGCCACACGGGGUGAAGAUGCUUUACAAUGGCAAGCCAGUCAACCUGAAUCCUGAACAAGAGGAGGUUGCAACAAUGUACGCAGUGAUGAUAGAUACAGAAUAUGUGCAGAAACAAACGUUCAGAGACAACUUCUGGAAUGACUGGCGUAAGUUGCUUGGAAAGAAUCAUGCGAUUCAGAAAUUGGAAGCUUGUGAUUUCAAACCGAUAUACGACUGGUAUCAGAAAGAAAAGGAGAAGAAGAAACAAAUGAGUUCAGAAGAGAAAAAGACUGUCAAGGAAGAGAAAAUGAAACAAGAGGAGAAAUAUAUGUGGGCAGUAGUUGAUGGUGUAAAAGAGAAGGUUGGAAACUUCAGAGUUGAACCACCUGGAUUGUUUCGAGGCCGUGGCGAGCAUCCCAAGUCAGGAAAACUGAAGAGGAGGAUUCGUCCAAGCGAAGUCACAAUAAAUAUAGGACAAAAUGCAAAGAUCCCCGAAUGUCCCGUUCCGGGUGAAAGAUGGAAAGAAGUUAGGCAUGACAAUACUGUUACAUGGUUGGCUUUCUGGAACGAUCCGAUCAAUCCGAAGGAGUUCAAAUACGUAUUUCUGGCAGCUAGUAGUUCCUUAAAGGGACAAAGCGACAAGGAGAAAUAUGAGAAAGCAAGGAAGUUGAAGGAUUACAUAGGAGCUAUCAGGGCUGCAUACACUAAGGAUUUUACAAGUAGGGAUCCUGCAAAGCGACAAAUAGCUGUUGCUACCUAUCUCAUUGACAAACUUGCUCUUAGGGCUGGAAAUGAGAAGGAUGAUGAUGAAGCUGAUACUGUCGGUUGCUGCACAUUAAAAGUAGAGAAUGUAAAAGCAAUUCCCCCUAACUCAUUGGAGUUUAACUUCCUCGGUAAAGAUUCAAUCCGAUAUGAAAAUACUGUUGAAGUAGAACCUGCUGUUUACAAGGAAGUAAAAAAAUUUCAGGAAGGGAAAAAGGAUAGUGAUGAUCUCUUUGACCAGUUAGAUACCAGUAAAUUAAAUGCACAUCUAAAGGAACUAAUGCCUGGUCUUACUGCAAAAGUGUUCCGUACAUACAACGCAUCCAUCACAUUGGAUAAUGAAUUGAACCAGGAAACUACAGAGGGAGAUGUAUUAAAGAAAAAAGUUUUUUAUGAUACAGCAAACAAGAAGGUUGCUAUUAUUUGUAAUCAUCAGCGUGCUGUCUCAAAGUCUCAUGAAUCACAAAUGGACAAGCUAAAGGAAAAGCUUCGUGACCUUCAGGGUGUUUUAAAAGAGCUAAAGACAGAUUUAGAGAGGGCAAGAAACGGAAAGCCCCCUCUGAAGGAUGCUGAUGGAAAACAGAAGAGAAAUUUGACCCCGGAAGCGUUACAGAAGAAGAUUGCUGAUGCCAAUAAAAAGAUUGAUAAAGUAAAAAUGGAUAUGCAAACCAAAGAUGACAUGAAAACAAUUGCCUUGGGAACAUCAAAAAUCAACUAUCUUGAUCCUAGGAUCACCGUUGCAUGGUGCAAGCGACAUGAAGUUCCCAUUGAGAAGAUAUUCCAGAAGUCUCUCCUGGGUAAGUUUGCUUGGGCAAUGGAUGUUGAUCCUGACUUCAGAUUCUGAUAUUUAAAAAUGGUGAUCACACCCUUGCCAUACCCACCAUCUGAGAUAUUUUAUUCUAAAAGACGUGGAAAAAGGAAACCGACAAAAACAGGAAAGCUUGAGAAUCACCUUUGCCUUUCUUUGUUCCAUUAUAGAAGUUCAUAAUGUCUUUUCUUCUUCAGCGGAAUUAUCUUGUUGUAAGUUGAUCUAAUCUAACGAUUGACUGAGUUUCCUUCCCCCCUUCCUGUGGGCUUUUGUUCCUUUUCUUUUCCUAUAUGGAACAAGUGUCCAUCUGAACUUUCAAAUUGCUACUGAUUGUUCAAUUGUCUAUGAUACCUUGACAUAUACAUUGAGAAUUUAAUAUCAUAAUCUUCACUG